AUGCCGGAAAUGCUUCCCGCGAGAUGGGCAGGAAAAGAUGUUUGGAUAUCUAUGCCACAAUUGUUUCAAGAGGAGCCAAAUUUUCAGCAUAAAAGAAGACUGGCCAGUCCCAGUCCUCCCAGACAUUUUAGAGAACCUAAUUUACCCGUAAGAAGAAAGAAAGUGGUCCCUCCAACAAGAAAUGGCGAUGCUGAUAAUGAUGGUGAUAAUGGCAAUGAGGACUUCUUCAUCCUCGGUGACCGCACGGAGUUCAACUGGGGCAUGCUUGCCUACAGGUCAAGGUCAUUUUCGGCUAAGAGAAGCUAUGAGCAUCCAAAUUUGCUGAGAUGGAUUCGCAACGGUGAUGAUAACGAUGCUAUUUACGCAAACAACAAUAAUACUAAAAACAACAACACCGUCAACAACAACAACAACGUCAACAACAUCAGCAACAACAAUAGCUUCUUAACUACAUACAAUCAGUAUUACAACUACAAAAAAUUCACUGCCAACAACAACAACAUCCACCAACAACAGCAAAUUAACAACAACAACAACAUGACAACAACGUACAUGUCCAAUUACAACAAGGACAACAGCGUAGGUUACGUGAAUGCUCGUCUAAAGAGAUCAAAAUCUAUCGGAGACUUUCGAAAGAAAUUGUAUAAAAGUUAUGAUGAUGAUGAUGACGGCGGCGGUAAUAAUAUCAAUAAUAAUAAUAACAACAACAUCAACAACAACAGCAGCAACAACAACAACAGUAAUAAUAUUAACUUGUUUGAUCAAAAGCAACAAGCGCAACAUACAAAAACGAUACAAUUUUCAGUCGAGUCUAAAAACAACACUAUUGGCGUCAGCAGCAACAACAACAACAUUAAUGACGUCAUCAACAACAACAACAUCAUCAACAACAACAACAAUAUUCAUAAUAACAAUAAUAAUAUUUCUACUAAUAAUAUUGACAACGACGACAUAGAUGACAACAACAACAUCAACAACAACAAUAAUCUACCACGUGACAUCAACAACAGCACUAACAACAACAACAAACAACCAUCACCAUCAUCACCACCACCAGCAACAACAACAACAACAGCAACAGCAACAAAACCCAUACUAACAGUUAGCGACAUCGGCCAGCGAAUCUCUCGAAAGCACCAACAACAACUACAACAACACAAAGAUCUCUUAAAACGAGAGAGAGAAAAAUUUUACAGAACAAAGAACAAUAAUUUCAGCAAUAACAAAAAUAAUAAUAAUAACAACAGUAGUAAUAAUAAUAAUAAUAAUCAUAAAAGUUAUAAUAGUAAUAAUAAUCCAAUCAAUCAUAUUAAAGCUGCUGCUACUACUACUACUACUGCCGCAACUACUACUACUACUUCUAAGGCUAAAAAUAGCAAUAUUGCUAAUAAUACUAACAAUAAUAAUACUAAAACAACCAGUAGUGACAAGAAAAAUAAUAAUAAUAAAAAACAGGAUAUGGGGAAGAAUAUUGGAAAUACCAGGAAUUCUAUAAAUAAACCCCUGAUUAGUUUUAAGCCCAAGAGUAAUUUUACUACUACUACUACUACUACUACUAAUAGUAAUAAUAAUAAUAGUAAUAAUAAUAAUAGUAAUAAUAAUAAUAAUAAUAAUAGGGCUGGUGAUGAUGAUGAGGAUAAAGAAAAUAGUAAAGUAAAUAUCCUAAAUAAGAGAAGAUUAUCCGAGUACCAGUCGGAAUUUCGCUGGAAGGGAAAUUACAUUCGGAGCAGAAAUGGAUUCGACAAGAUGAACAAUUUAUACAGGAGCCACCCGACCUUACUGUACAACGUCUACGAUUGCGUUGAAGAGAACAAUAAUAAUAAAAAUAAAAAUAAUAAUAACAAUAAAACCGACAACAUCAACAUUGUCAUUAUCGGAAAAGAUAGACAAAUUGAUAUCGUCAAAGCCAUCAUCAUCGUUAAAGCCACAAGUCGCAACAGUAGCAGCAGCAGCAGCAGCUAA